CUGGCCGGGAUCCGAGGGGUCCGCAGCCUGGCUCCUGGGGGCCGGUCGCUGGACCCUGCGUUCCCGGCUUGGGGACCCCGGCGUCUCGGGCUCCUUGAUCAGCGUUUCCUAUGGCGGAGAGGCGAGGGUGCAGGGUGCUGAUCACGGUUAGAUAAACACGUGAAGGACUGCACUUGGGUGUAUCAUGAAUCCCAGUAUGAAGCAGAAACAUGAAGACAUCAAAGAGAAUAUAAAGAAUAGUCCUGUCCCAAGAAGGACUCUGAAGAUGAUUCAGCCUUCUGCAGCUGGAGCUCUCGUUGGAAGAGAAAAUGAGUUGGUUAAAGGCUUGUCCAAAAGGAAACAUUGGAACGACCAGUCAGCAUCCAAGAAGGCCAGCUGCGGAGGGGUCACUGCCCCAGAACACAGCGAAAGUAAAGAUGUUAGUGGAGUUACUCAAGAAGCAUUCGAUUUCAUGAUUGCAGAAAAUCCAUCCUCGCAAUAUUGGAAAGAAGUGGCAGAAAAACGGAGGAAGGCUCUCCAUGAAGCACUUCAGGAAAAUGAGAAACUUCAUAAAGAGAUUGAAGAGAAGGACAAUGAGAUUGCCCGCCUGAAAAAGGAAAAUAAAGAAUUGGCGGAAGUAGCAGAACAUGUACAGUAUAUGGCAGAGGUGAUAGAGAGACUGCAUGAUGGACCUCUGGAUAACUUGGAAUCACCAAAUAGUCAAGAAUUUGAUUCUGAAGAGGAAACAGGAGAGGACUCUUCAGCGGAAGACUCAGAAAUUGGUACACAUGCUGAAGAAGUUCCACCUUCCUCUACAGACGCAAAGCCACAUGUAUGAGAUUCAUUAAUUCCUGACUCUUGAGAAAUACACUGCCAAAGUUUACCUCCACUAUAGUUCUUUGUAGCAGAGCAGACAAGUGUAUAAUGCAAAGUGGGAAUCAAACUUUCUUGUUUGAAUCCUGGGACCCUGUUGUAUUAAAAUACAAAUACUAUGUAUUUUAAAUCUGCAAUGUUUUAUGUAAAUAGCAUUUUC